UGUUCAUGCUUACAGUAUAUAAGUUCUUGAUAUAUACAUCAUUUUUCAGUAAGAAACAAAGAUCUUACAGGCAACUUGUUCACUUCUUUAUGUAAUUGCCAUAUAUAGCCCGAAUCCUAGGCGCCUAGCUAUAUAUACACACACAUAUAUAUAUAUACAGAAGGAGACAGCACAAGAAAGAGAUGAGUUUCAUGGAUCAGGAAGAGAUGAAGGAGAAGAAAGAGAUUCAGAGGGAGGAUCAUGAGUUGGAAGAAACAGAGUUAGAAGUUCAUGAAUCAUUGGAGACAUCGAAGAGAGCAGUGGUAGUCCAACCUUGGACAAAACAAAUUACUGUAAGAGGAUUCAUUUUGAGCAUAGCACUUGGAGCUAUGUACAGUGUGAUAGCUAUGAAGCUGAACCUCACAAGUGGUUUGGUUCCCAAUCUGAAUAUGUCUGCUGCUCUUCUUGCUUUCCUCUUCAUGCAAUCGUGGACAAAGAUGCUUCAGAAAGCCGGAUUUGUUGCCAGACCUUUCACCAGACAAGAGAAUACUAUGAUUCAAACAUGUACAGUUGCUUGUUAUAGUAUUACAGUUGGAGGUGGAUUUGGUGCAUAUCUAUUGGGAUUAAACAGGAAGACAUUUGAGUUAUCAGGAGGAGCAACAACUGUUGGGAAUUCUCCAAGUAGUAUAAAGGAACCUGGGUUGGGCUGGAUGACUGGUUUCGUCUUUUUAGUUUGCUUUGUUGGCCUUUUUGUCCUAAUUCCUUUAAGAAAGAUUAUGAUAGUUGACCUCAAAUUAACGUAUCCAAGUGGCUUGGCAACAGCAGUUCUCAUCAAUGGUUUCCAUAGUCAAGGAGAUAAUAUGGCCAAAAAGCAAGUGCGAGGAUUCAUGAAGUGUUUUUCAGCAAGUUUUUUGUGGGCAUUCUUCCAAUGGUUUUACACUGGAAAAGAAGGAUGUGGGUUCUCUCAGUUCCCCACCUUUGGACUGCAAGCUUGGAAGAAAACGUUUUUCUUUGAUUUUAGCUUGACUUAUGUGGGGGCAGGGAUGAUCUGUUCACAUCUGGUGAACUUGUCUCUGCUUCUUGGUGCUGUCCUCUCAUAUGGACUAAUGUGGCCAUUAUUUGAUCAGCUUAAAGGAGACUGGUUUCCUAGCAAUUUAGAAGAAACAAGCAUGAGGAGCAUAUAUGGUUACAAGGUCUUUCUAUCAGUUGCUCUUAUUCUUGGCGACGGGCUCUACAAUUUCGUCAAGAUAAUGGGUAUCACAGUCAUUGGUCUUCGCAGCAGAAUAAGAAAAAAGAAGCUCAACACAGGACAAGAGGAGCAAAAGUCUGUUGAAGAGCUGAAGCAAAAUGAAAUCUUCCUGACAGAAAACAUUCCGAUGUGGAUCGGAGUCAUCGGAUACGGUGUCUUCUCCCUCAUGUCCAUAAUUCUAGUCCCAAUCCUGUUUCCUCAGCUUAAAUGGUACUAUGUAGUGGUAGCUUAUAUUCUAGCUCCAUCUCUAGCAUUUUGCAAUGCAUUUGGAGCUGGUCUCACUGACAUAAACACGGCCUAUAACUAUGGGAAAGUGGCUUUAUUUGUGCUGGCGGCAAUGACCGGGAAAGAAAAAGGCGUGGCGGCCGCGCUUGCUGGCUGUGGACUCAUCCAAUCUGUAGUUUCUGUGUCUUGCAUUCUGAUGCAAGAUUUCAAAACAGCUCAUUUCACUCGGACUUCACCUAGGGCAAUGCUCUUGAGCCAAGUUAUCGGAACGGGCCUCGGCUGCAUAAUAGCUCCUCUCAGCUUCUUCCUAUUCUACAAGGCAUUUGAUGUGGGGAAUCCAAACGGCGAUUUCAAAGCUCCCUAUGCAUUGAUAUACAGAAACAUGGCGAUCCUAGGAGUUCAAGGGUUUUCAGCUCUGCCACAGCAUUGUUUGCAGCUCUGCUGUGGAUUCUUUGCUUUUGCAGUAGCCGUUAACCUGGUGCGAGACCUUUCGCCGAGGAAGAUCGGGAAAUGGAUGCCGCUGCCGAUGUGUAUGGGAGUGCCCUUCCUGGUUGGGGCGUACUUCGCCAUUGAUAUGUGUGUGGGGACUUUGGUUGUCUUUGUAUGGCACAAACUCAACAGCAAGAGAGCUGACUUCAUGGUUCCGGCAGUCGCUUCGGGAUUAAUAUGCGGUGAAGGGCUAUGGAUACUUCCUGCUGCUGUUCUAGCCUUGUCCAAAGUAAAACCUCCAAUAUGCAUGAAUUUUUUCGCUACCUAGAGAAAACUCAACCAAAUAUUGUCUAUGAGAACUGAAUAAAGAGCAUGAACUAUAUACAUAUGCAUUUGGAAUUACAGAAAUAUGACUGCAUAUUUUAUUGCUCCCAGUUGUCCUCUCUCCCAUUCCCUUUUUCUACUUCACCUGUUGUAGAAGCUAUGAUACCUGGACUCGGGUACAGGUGUCGGGUAUAGUUACAUAUCCAUAUGUCCGAUUCUUCAAAUUGAAAGCUGCCAUAGAAGGAGGAAAGGUAAAGUGAAGAGUUCGGAUAUGAUAGUGUAGAAAUAUCUCAAAGAAUGAGUAAUUCACGACCAGUCUCCAUAAGAUGACUAGAGAAUGAGAAGAAUCUCAAAUCUCAAAAGGAAAGAUUAACAAUCUAGUCUGUAUAGCAAGAUAGAAGAAAAACAUAGAAGUUACUUGCGCAGCCGCCGUUCAUGGAUCAAAUUUAGUGUUCUUGGCAUCAAAUGGUCAUCCUGCCUUGUCUCACCGCGAAUUAUCAACCAUCCCAGAAAGGACACAAGUUCUAGUGGUCAGACCAGCAUAAAAAUAUACACCAGAUGCAAAUGUCAGACUACAUGCAAUGAGAUGCAUAAAUGUAUAGUCGUUCAAGUGAAGCUUGGCCUUGAUUGCAAGUUAGAAUGCUAUAAGAGGCAUUGCUUCUAAUUCAAGUUAAAGACAUUAGAGUCGAUUAGGUAAGUGAUCAGGUUGGGAACAAGUGCAUUUCCUCUGAACAAUAACAUUCAUUUGAGAUUGGAACAAGAACAUGAUGAGUUUCUUUCAAGGGUCAACCAGUCCUUGAAAUCCAUAUUAGGGGGGAAAUAUCAAUUAGUUAAAACAAAUUAACAAUGCAACAAAAAUUGGACUAGACAUUACAGUUUACACCAUCCCAAAUAUUGUACAAUGAAAAUCUUAUUUCAACUGUAAAUCACAAAUCGAAGCACUGACUUUGCAAUAAAUAUGCAUUUAGUGAGUAAAAAUGACUAGCCUGUUACAAUUCCUGCUAAGACCUCACUCUUUCCUCGUGCAUAGAUCGUGUAGACAAGACGGAUUGCAUCGAGCCAUCCAUCAAGUGAUUCCCAUGAAUCAGCAACC